CUAUUGGGAAAGCAGCGGGUUCUGUUACUAUAAGCGUGAUAUUCAACGAUGGGUCGUAUGCACAGUGGUGGGAAGGGGAUUUCAAGAAGUGCUUUGCCUUAUAGGCGAUCUGUCCCAACAUGGCAGAAAAUGACCGCAGAUGAAGUGAAGGAGCAGAUAUACAAGUUAGCAAAAAAGGGAUUAUCACCAUCUCAAAUCGGUGUUAUUCUGCGUGACAGCUUUGGUGUCGCUCAGGUCAGGUGGCUAGCUGGAAACAAAAUACUUCGCAUUCUGAAGUCCAAGGGUUUGGCACCAGAUAUUCCAGAAGAUUUGUACCAAUUAGUCAAAAAGGCAGUUGCUAUUCGUAAACACUUGGGCAGGAAUGCUAAGGAUAAAGACAGCAAAUUUAGACUUAUUCUGGUUGAAAGUCGUAUCCAACGUUUGGCACGCUACUACAAAAGAAAAAGAGUUCUACCACCUAACUGGAAGUAUGAUAGCUCCACAGCGUCAACGCUGAUUGCUUGAUUCAUUAUAUGACAGUGUAAAGUAUGUGGUUGAAUAAAUUUGCCUUGGCGACAUGUUUGCCAUAAUUUUACAAAAGCAAGGUGGUUGGUUCGGGUUUGGAUUGACCCACUUGUCAUUUUCAAACUACCAUAUAAUUCAAGUAAAUAUCUCACUUAAUAUUUGAUGGGUCCAGUAUAUUCUCUUGUAUUCAUGUUGCAUUUUAGUCUUAAGGUUUGCAAUGGUCGUUGUACUCCAUGAUUUUUCCACUUUAAACAUAUCAGUUAUGGUUCUAAGUCGGCUUAUUCGCCAUGGGUCGCUGCUUCGACUGAUUCUAAGUAAGAUUGAAGUGGAACACUACUUAAUUUCAGUUCUCCCAAUAAGAUACGUUUUAUCCUGUCAGCGACAUAGAAAUUAAAGGUAUCACGUUCAAAUUAUCUCUACUUAAAAUAGGUAUCUAAACGUAAAGUAGUCUAAAUGCAGUCAUCAUUGCUCACAACCUCCACCUUUGUAUUCUAUGGGUCAGG